AUGGCAAAUGCUCAUGCUGAUGGUUUGUUCAUUAUACCACCUCCCAUUCUUACUGGCGACAACUACUCCAAAUGGGCAGUAAAAAUGCAAUGCUAUCUGCUGGCAAUUGAUCUGUGGAACUUUGUUGAAGCUGAUACAGAACCAACUCCUUUGACAGAUGAUGCAACUCUUGCUCAAAUUAGACAUUUUAAUGCAGAAAAAGCUAGAAAGUUUAAAGCCAAAACUUGCAUUCAUUCUGCAGUUUCUGAUGUUAUCUUUGACAAGAUUAUAUGCUGCAAUACUCCAAAGGAGAUCUGGGAUUAUUUGAAGGAGGAGUACCAGGGUAAUGAUAAAACAAGGAAAAUGCAGGCACUCAAUCUCAGAAGAAAAUUUGAGAUGGAGAGGAUGUUGGAGACGGAAAAUGUAAAGGACUUUACUGACAGACUCAUGACGAUAGUUAACAAGAUCAGAAUACUUGGUGAGGAAAUUCCUGACCAGAGAGUUGUAGAGAAAAUCUUAGCGAGUUUGCUAGAGAGAUUUGAGUCAAAAAUCUCCUCACUUGAAGAUUCCUGA